GUUGAGCUUGGCCGCCUGGCGUUGGUGAAAAGAACCACCUAUGGAACUGCUUCUGAUACACCACUAGCAAGUUAGGCCUACUAUCUGUGGCGUUUGUUUUUUGGUUGGUUGUCAUGUGUAUUCGGUGUACACAGUGGUGGUGGUAAAUGCGUGCCCGAGUUGCUGGCGUAUAGUUUCACAUAGUAACAAGAGGAGAUUGUAUGGUUGCUGCCUCAUGCGGCGAGCCUUCGUAAAUAUCUGCGGUGUUUUGUUGCGGCAGCGACAGCGACGGGUGAGCAAGGCAACGGCUAGAGAACCGUAGGUGGGCGCUUUUGAUGCAGAAGGGAAGCGCCUCUUACUACGACCGCUUGGACCCCGUGAAACGCCCUGCUUCUGGUGGUCCGGAGGAUCUGGGACAGCAUGCGCCUCGAAGAAUGGCCAUUAUGAGUGAAAUUGAGGAACAGGAGCGGAAAAUAGUGAAUGAAUUCUGUCAUUUGCUGGAAAAGUCCAAACAACUCUUCAACGGUUUGAGGGACCUUCCGCAAUAUGGGCACAAACAAUGGCAAGCUUACUUCGGAAGAACAUUUGACGUAUAUACGAAAUUAUGGAAAUUUCAGCAACAACAUAGGCAAAUUUUGGACAUUAAAUAUGGUUUGAAAAGAUGGCAAAUAGGAGAGAUUGCCUCGAAGAUUGGACAGUUAUAUUACCAUUAUUACCUAAGAACAAGUGAAACCAACUACCUGAAUGAAGCAUUCUCAUUUUAUGCGGCCAUCCGUGCCCGAGGAUAUUAUUCCAAGGCGAGCAAAGAAGAGAGCUUGCCUUACUCCCACCGCUCAGAUUUAAUGGUGAAAAAAUUGCGUUAUUAUGCUCGUUUUAUUGUCGUCUGUCUCCUGCUCAAGAAGAUGAAGCUUGUGCGGGACCUAGUGCGGGAACUUGCCAAGCAGAUUGACGACUACACUGCCACAUACGAGCCAGAGGACCAGCUGGAAUGGUCCCUUGUGUUGGGCGAGAUAAAGUCUUUUAUUGAUGCUGACAACCUGGUGAAUGUGGUGGAUCUGGACUCGUCCUCUAUAGUGCUUUCCCAUCGACUGAGCCCCUUAAAUACCCCACCUAUGGAGAAAGUUCCCUCCAGUCAUCUCAGCUUGCAGGAAAUUCUCAUCAUAGGCAACUGCUGUGACCAAAUGGCGGACCCUCCCCAGGUGAAGUUCAGCGAGCUGACGCUGGACAUGUUCCGGAUGCUGCAAACAUUGGAGCGGGAACCACAAGAAGAUACAACACAGCUCUAUGAUGCUUCACCUGCUCCUGGAAGGGUACCUUUUCCAUUGGUCUGUCUGCAGCCCGAGAAUGGAGGCACAGGUGAUAGCCGUACUGGCAAGCGUGAGAACCCACACAAGUACCUGCUGUACAAGCCCACCUUCAGCCAGCUGUUUGUGUUCCUGGCUUCGGGCUUCAAGGAGCUGCCACCCAACGGUGUGCUGCUGCUCUAUGUGUCUGCUGAUGGCAGCUUCCCCAAUGUUAAGCACCCUGAGGAGGUUGGUUAUGACUAUGGUGGAGUGACCACCAACAGCAAACGAGAACCUGAUCAUUCCAACAAGCGCAACAUCCAGCUCAAAGAUAUGCACUGUCUGUACCCUGGUGACCUGUAUCCGUACACACGGAAGCCACUCUUCCUCAUCAUGGAUAGCGACAACAGCCAUGUGUUCCAGCACAUGCCGCGCUUUUUUGGCCAGCCACUGGUGGCGCUCAUGUCUCCUGAAGAUGUGCCACCUGCUUUCCAUGACCAACAGCACAAGGGCAACCUGCUGACACUGUUCCUGCACAGUCCUUUGACAGCCCUGUGUUUCGUGUGCCAUGUAGUCGAUGUGCCAGUCUCCCUUUGGGACAAGGCCCUGGGUCAUCUUAACCGCUUUAUGGCGGAGGCCAGCCGUGUCCUCAUACGCUCCCGCAGCAUAGAUCCCGCAUACUUGCAAUUCUAUGGUGAUGACUUCCUAAGGUUGUUGAUGCUGAGGUUUAUCUUCUGUCAUGUUGUCCUAAAACUACAUCGAAUGUUCAAGAUUAAGUAUUCGGUGGGGGACCCAGAGAACUUGUAUCAGAGGAUGCCUCAGGCAGCCAUGGGCACGCCUCCCUACCAGAGCCUGCCGGGGUCCAACUACCUGCCUCGGUCGCACCCGCCAAUCCCCGAGAGUGAGGUCUUGGACCAUCCAGCCCUACAGCGCACCAUUUUGGAGCUCGCAGAAGUGCUGGAUGUGCGUUCUCUCUUUUCUGAGAUAGAUGAAGCUGACUGACAGGCGGUAAUGUUCACCCUGGCCUGAGUGGGCAAAUGCCACAAGCUUAAGCAGUCUUUCUUCCUUUUCUGCCCACCUUCCUGCCUCCUCCUGCGAGCCUUGACACACAAGUGGGUGCUGUUUGUCCCCUGACACUUAACUCCCUCUGCUCUCCUGCAUACACUGUGGUCAGUCAUUGCUGCCAUGUUUGCUUGGUGACUUGCUGUAUUUGGUCCUUUACUAAUGCUGAGGAACAGAUUCCUUUUAUGUUGCUCUUAUUCUGUAAAGGAAAUUUCACUAGCUCAGCUGUAUUCAGCUCUGGUGAGCAGCUGUUAGACAAUGGAAGUCCUAAAGAGGGCUCUUUUGUAUUCGGAUCAAAGUCGAAAUAGGCUUUAGCCAUCGGAAAGGGUAAUAAAUGCACUGCCAAAAGUUACUCUGGAGUUUAUGUUACGGAAAUCCUAAAUGCUACUCAGCUCAUCCAUAGCUUUUUUUUUUUAAUUGGAACUUGUUUCUAAGCAUCCAGGCCUUGCCCUCUUUAGUAUGUUUUUCUCUUUUUUUUAGUGUUGUGAAGGAACCCAUUAGUGUACAAGCCCAAAGCAGCUGAGGCACAUCUGUUAUGCAAUUGUGUUGAUGAAAUGCCUAACUUCACGGCUAUUGUUUGUCAAUUUGCUCCCAAGGAAUGACUUCACUGUUUGUUUUUGUGUGCCAGGCUAUUUUAGUUAUACGUGCUGGGUUUUUAUAAGCAACCACUGAAAUCUCUUAGGGAAAUGAAAAAUUUAGGAAACUGUAAGCAUCCACAAGUGCUUGUUGCCGAUUUGCUGGCCAAACUACAGCUUUGUGUUGUCAUCUAGAUGCAAGCUUGAUGUUUGAUAAGGAAUUUGUUUUUUGCUUGUGCAACGACAUAUCGAGAGAUUGGUUCCACAACAUGAGCAACCUUUUCUCCUUGCAUUCUGUGAAGUAAGAAGUGGACUUUGCAGCUGAAGUGUGAUCGAUAUUCAGCUAUGUACACAUGCGAGUUGUGAGUUGCAUGGUAGUGGCUGAUAGUUGCUUGUUGGGUUGCUGUGUCUUUUCUUUUCAGGAUCAAUGAACAGCACUUCAUUGUUUAAAAGGUACUUGCUGAUACUGUAUAUACAGAGGGCGCAAUGCUGUUCAUAUUUUAUUUUGUGCCUCUGCUGUACAUGUUUAUUUUGUCUCUUUCUCUUUAACAGGACUUCUGGUAAUGCUAAAGCUUUAUGGCAAAAAAUAAGCUUGAAAGUUAUCUGUCACUUUUGUCUUACAAACCAUGGUUUGUGGGCACUAGGUGAAUAACUAGGAAUUUUCCAUGCCUGCAAAAAAGUCAUAGCACACUGGACAAAGGUAGAACAGUCCCUUUGAUCUUAUACUGUAAGCAAUAUAUUUACAGCAUCGUUAGGAGACUUUACUGACACAUUUAUGUUUUUUGGCAUUCCACAAAUGGAUUAGUUAUGCCUGUUCAAUUAUUUUAAAGAUGCAAAUUCUACUUCUUUCUUAUAUUCAUACUUUCAAAAUCAAUUCAUUAUCACUUUAAAGUAAAUUAUUUUUGUACUGAGGUUUCGUCAAUUGUACUUGGUUUCUGAUUGUUAAUGAGCUGAAGUAUGUGAUUUCGCAAACGUUAUAUGUGUUCCGCACGAGAAAUCUUAGCCAGUGCAGUUGGGCAGAGUCACCAUUAAAUAACUGUAUUUGUUCUUUUAUGUCUCAACAACGAGGAGGAGUUAGUCUACCAUUUCAAGCACAUGUGACAUAUCUGUGUGUUGAGGAUUGUCUGUAAUAUUGCUGUCACAUUAAUUUAACAUAUUGAGUGGCUGACCGUACUAGCACAAAUUUUGUCUCAAGUAUGGUCAGAAAUCAUCAUAAUGUCUUACAAAGUGAAGCUAACCAUAUCAGCAGUAGUCUGACUGCACCCAAUUAUUUGAUUGCAUGAGUCACUGUCAAGCCUGUUAUAGUUGCACUUAGUCAUGUCGCUAUCUUUCUUUUUUCCUUUCUAAACUUUUAUGACAUAUGCGCACAAAGCAUAGCACAGGGUGACAUUUAUUUUGCUUCACUUUCUAGCAUCACUUGCUAGCCUGUUGCUAGUUUGUCUUUUGCCAUGCUAUGUUUGCAGAAACCUUCGUAGUCCACUGAAAAGUAGGUCAGGUUUUCACCCAUGUAUAGAAGGCUGCUGCGCAUAAGAGCACAGUGCUGUAAAAGUACUUUCUAAUGCAAGGUCUUCACUGCUUAGAUAGUAUCUGAAGAAAACUGUUGUUGCUUCUGUAUAACCCACAGUAGCACUACUUCACCCCUUUGAUAACUGGGCGCAAAGUGUAGGUAUAAAUUGUUUGCUGGCCAAGAAGAUGGGCUACUCUGCUGCCUUGGGAAACAGUAUUGUGCACAAGCAUUGGCAUUUUACUAGUACUUUAUGUUGCAUAGCACAUCACCCAGUGUACCUUCGUUUCUAAAAAAGAUAGAAUGAAGAGGGCUUGCUUUGUCUGUGGCUAUAUUUAGGUGUACAUUAAUUGAGAGAAUUCUAUGAGAUAGUUAUGCUUCACAAUAUCGUAGUGAAACCUUUAGUUUUGAGAACUAGGUGAACUCUGCGACAUAAACAAACUUAAUAUAUAUAAUUGAAAGAUGAAGGUUUUGCUGGUUAUCUGCUCCACGUCAGACCUUCAGUUUGUGCCUACCUUACCAAAUGAUGCAGCUGUAGCAGUGUAGUUUGCUGUGUCUGUGGGACUUUAGGGCAGAAUCAGCUUUCUGUUCCCCAAUCUGUGUUUUGAUGGAGGUGCAUGCAGCCAGGAAGCAGUUGCAUGAAUGCUUUUGUUAGUUUGCAAGUGAUACCUUCAAACUCUAAGCAAAUGGUGUAUCUUGCUGUAUUUUAGUGAUUAGUUCAGUCAGUUGUGCAUCUUUCUAAAUAUUUAGAGCUCAUUGUGCAAAAACAACCAAAAAGAAGCUUUCUGUCGUCUUGCACACUGAAUUUUGCUUUCACUGAAUUCUCGUGUAUAGUUUGAUGAGAAGGAUUACAGGAAACAAAGUUAGGCCUUAAUGAUUCACACGAAAUAUUUACGCAAAAAACUACUGACACAGUACAUCGUUACGUAAUAUUUUAUCCUUGAAUGCAUUCGUUCACUGGUCUUAAGAAAAUGUAGAACCACAAGCCUUUUUUUAUAUAUAUAAUGGCCAGAAUGGAGCUGAUUAAACUUACCAUUUUUUCUAAAGGUCUCAGAAAAAUAUUGACUCAUGACUUUUAGUAGAAUCACCACAACUUAUUUGGAGUCUGUUUUUAAAGGUAGUUCUGAUGUAAAAUUUUAGUGGUGUAUUUUCUGCUGCAACUAAUGGUUCAUACAGGUUACCUGCUACAGAAUUUCGCUUUGGUUACGUUUGUUAUAAGUCUAGUAUAUACCACUGAGGCAAUCUUGGCAAGUCCGCAGAGCUGGUAACAGUGUAGCUUUCUUAAUAGCAGCCUUUUAACAAACCUAAGUGAACGAUAUGUGCACAUGGUGGUUGCCAUUGGGGUGCAAGUCCCAGCGUGCCACUUCUGAGCUAUUUCAGCAUGCCACAGACAUCUAUGGGCAGCAGCUUUUCUCAGAAUUCAUGACAAGCAGAUACACAAUGAAGGUCAUGCAUCACUCCUGGUGAGGAUUAAUGAGCGCCUUUUUUUUUUUUUUUAGCUUCAUUAUUACAAAUGGCUAUUUUUGCUAGCUUUUUGUGACACUUCCACUCAUAUUUCAAAAAACAAAAAGUUUUACAUGAAAACUCCUCUAUAGCUACACUAUAUUCAAGUAGGUUUUUUUUUACACAGUCCAAAAAUUUGUUGUAGGUGGCCUUCAACUCAAAAGUUAUGUGUAAGCUAAUUUGCUGUAGCAUGCAGCAAACAAUUAAGUACAUCCUUUUUUAUUAUGACGAUUUAGGCUAAUGUCAAUAGCACCAUUAUGUUGUCACUCAUUAUGGUCUGCAUAUAUGGCAAUCACACAAUAUUAAUAACUGUUAAUCAGUGUGCUAGAUGAGCUAACUGGUGUUGUAGCUAUGCUGUGCCACAGAAGGCUUAGUGGGAAACCUGCUAAGUAAGUUUAAUUAGAGGGCUUAGAUAAGUGCACUGAGAAUGCAAACCAUCUCUUGUGCCACGAAACCA